UAGAGAAUGAGGCUGUAACAUUUCUAAACAUUGAUGAUUUGUUAGAAGAGAAGGCAAAAGAAUUGGCAAAAAGAUUGCGCUUUUUACCAGGUGGUCUAGCAUUUGCCAAAACGUAUAUUCACAUAACAAGAACUAGCAUGAACAAUUAUCUUGAAAGACUUGAACAUAUUACUAGCAUUGACGGUUCCGCCUCCAAGAAAGCUUGUGAAAUGCUUAUAAUUCAAGCGGAAAAGGAUAUGUCGUCCGAUGAAAAAGCAAUUCUUCACCUCAUUCCAUAUCUGAACACAGAUAAUAUACCUAUCCGCAUUCUUAAAUAUCUUUUGCCCACCAUAUUAAACAAAGACGAAAAGACGAUACUGAUAGACCACUUCAUCCGCACCUUAAAAGAAUAUUCUCUGAUUUCUAUUCAGGGUAUAGAUGAUCAGCAAAUAAUAACUGCCAAUGGGUUUACUUUUAUGAUACUGAAAGCAACUCAAACAUGUGCCGACAGAAGCUCUAAUCUUAAAACACUUCUGAAUUUCUUCAUGUGUUAUAUUGAUCUAGAUCAAACACAGAUUUUUAAUAUCAAAACUGAAGCUUUAUAUGACUCAAUGCAUGAUUUUCUUAAUGGAAACGGAGUUCUCCAAGAGCACUGUAAAAUCAUCUUCAACACACUGGUUGAAAAGGGAAAAACACUCCCUUAUGAAUUCGUUGACACAUUUAUCGAAAACAAAUAUAGAAACACAAAGGCCAUAAAUCAAUUGUGGGAUAAUGGUGAACUUCUUACCAAAGAUACACGCAAUAAUCAGUUAACGACUGAGGUCAUAAACGCACUAAGAAGUAAGAACUUGAUUAUGGAGAGUCAAAAUAUAUCUGACACAUUUUUAGUUGAACUCCUGAUUAGGAUUCUCUAUAAUUCUAGUAAAAAUAAAUGGUUAAUGGAACUUUCCAAAGACAGAUUCUCGAAACCGGAAACGGGCAAAUUGCGUCAUAGACUUUCCUGCACGUUCGUCCCUGAUACAACAGAAAGCUUAAUGGAGCAUCAGCUAGCACAUUGUCUUACACAGUUAUUACAGCAACAUUUGAGCUCCUUGCCUAUGCAGCACAUACAAGAUUUCUCUUAA